AUGAAGCCUCAAAGUUUGCAGAGCUUCACGGCUCAAUUUGGGAGGCUUUCAUUAGCCUCCAACACAAUCCGACCUCUUGGUCCCAUCCUAGCCCAAGCCUCAGCUUUCUCCGCACCUUCGAACCACACUUCCCCUCAGUCUCAUCGCCCAUUUUCUAGCACAGCCGUCAAUUCAGGCAAUUGGCUUCUGCCUACUAUGCCAGAAAAAAAGAGGUCACGGAAAGGAAGACCCCGUGUGCCGACAGGAGGAUCAGCCAGAGGUACCACUUUAGUAUGGGGAGAAUAUGGUUUGCGAAUGUGCGAUCAUCAUCGCCGUGUUAGUGCGCAGCAAUUGAAAGUUGGAGAGGAUGCUAUUAAGGUCAGACUGAAGGGUAUGAGAUAUCGAUUGUAUAAGAGAGUUGCUGCCCAAAUUGGUGUAUACAGCAGUGGUAACGAGGUUCGUCAAGGUAAAGGAAAAGGUUCCUUCGACCACUGGGCUUCCAGAAUUGCUGUCAGCAAGAUUAUAUUUGAGUUGAAGGGAGAUGUGCACGAACAGGUCGCGAGAGAUGCGUUUCGAUUAGCAGGCAACAAAAUGCCAGGUCAAUAUGAGUUCGUCAAGAAGGGGGACCCUCCGGUUGUUGGAAUCACAAAGUUAGAUGGAGUCACCAUGGAGGAAUUGAAGAGACCAAGAAGAAAGAUACCUUUAGACUCCAUACCUGUCGGCUCUACUGCAGAGACUUUACCAUCUAGUGUGUCGACGUCGACCUCACCGGAUGCGUAG